ACCAUAAUCAUGUUCCGCUUGGGAUGCCUUGAUCUGUCCCACGAUGUGACAUUCAUAUAUGGUCCUUCAAAACUGAAGCUUUGCUCGUGGAUAGGUAGCAAAUGGAGUUUUAGAGCCUUGACGGCCUUGCUCCGCUAAGCACCGUCCUGGCAGCUCCAUUGAAAAGGCUGAAUCUGGGAAAGCAACCUUGUGGACUUCUCAACGAAUUUUCUAUUCCAAAGCUUGAACCUGCUUCUUACUACUAAUGUAUAUAAGCCCAUCUUCUGCCAGACUCUUCCCUCUUCCCUUGCUUCUUCUGUCAACUUCUCACAUCUGUGAUUUCAUCAAUUCUGUAGACCAUAACCUACGACAAACCUUCAAGAUGAAAAACAUUGCUUUCCUGGCCGGCAUCCUGCUGGUCUCCGUCGGCCCCUCCCUCAUCAACGCCGAUACCAUUUGGGGUCCGCGUCCGACAACCACAGCCGUGGCCGAGGACUCCUCCCUCAAGAAUAUCCCCCCUAUGUUGGUCCUCGAGAUCAUCAACAUGGAGAAGAAGAGGAAGGGGAAGGGGAACAAGACCACGACCGCAGUAAUAAGCGAGAAGACCAAUACUGCGAAGCCACCCCCUUCUCUGCCCAUCUUCGUAGAGACCCGCCACGAGAUCAUCAAGCCCAAGGCACCAAGGACCGCUGCGCUCAAGAGAGAUGCUCCUCAGCCUACUGCCCCCCUCCAGGCGCGCGAGAAGCGAAACGACGAGGCGGACGAGAACACCGGGUCCUCCUCCCUCUGCACGCACAACAAGUGCCCCAAGGAGAUGGAGGUUCCCCGCACCCUCGAGCCUAGACAGCAACAGGAUACGGACGACGCCGAGCCCUCCGCCGACGAGGAGGACGCCGACUCCUACAGAGACUGUCCCAAGAGGCGCUCGCGCAAGGCCAAAAUCGCGAGUAUGGCGGCCACCAAGACCCUCGAGCCCAGACAGCUGGUCGUCGAGACGGCCGCCGCCGAACCCUCCACCAGCGAGGACGCCGAUUCCUACCUCUGCACACACGAAGACUGCCCUCACAUGUUUGCGCGCCUGGUGAAGCCGUCGGCCACGAAGACCCUCGAGCCCAGGCAGCCGGUUGUGGAGACUGACUCUGCCGAGCCCUCCGCGGGCGAGGACGCCGAUUCUUCCCUCUGCACGCACGGAAGAUGUCCUCAUGAGCUUGGGCGCCUGGUCAAGCCGUGGGCCACCAAGACUCUUGAGCCCAGAAAGCUGUAUGUGCCGACUGGCACUGCCGAGCCUUCUGCGGACGAAGAGGAGGAGACGGAGGAGAAGGAUGAUGGGUACUACGCCAUGCCGCCCCCUUACACCCGUACCCGUCGCUUGAGGUGCAAGGGCAGACAUAGCAGCACCGUUUCCAGCACGGCGACGACUACUUCCUCCACCACUUCGUCGACCACUUCGUCUACCACCUCGUCUGCCACCUCGUCCAGCACCGGCACCGUUACUGUUACCGUCACGCCAACUUCCACGAGCAGCUCGAGCUCCUCUUCUUCCACCUCCUCCUCGACCUCCUCCACUUCCACCACGGCACCCGAUGACACUGUCACUCGCACGACUACCGUCACCGUGACCGCGGACCCGACCUACACCCCGACUUAUAUCCUGAACCCGUACCCUACGACCUUCCGCAAGGUCAGAGCUUAAACGCGGUUCUAUUGGAGUGUCAAAUAUGAGUGUUCAUUUGUUUGUCCCUAGGUGUAAUGAAGCCUAGGUUAAUGAGGAAAGUUAGGGUGUAUUCGGGUUUUUGUUUGCCAGAUCUUCAGGUGGGGCAGUCUAUUCGGCCUCAAGUACGCUUAGUGAGAUAGGUCAUAGUGAAUUCAAGUAUCGUUCAG